UGGGGGGGGGGGAGCAAUCGUAAGUGCCCCGCCUCCUCGGCCGUGACGACAUCAGAAAGCGUCCGAAAGCGUCCGAGAUGCUGGACUCGCUGUUGGCCCUCGGUGGCUUGGUGCUUCUUCGAGAUUCCGUGGAGUGGGAGGGGCGUAGUCUCCUAAAGGCUCUAAUCAAGAAAUCUGCCCUUCGUGGGGAGCACAUCCACGUUCUGGGCUGUGAAGUGAGUGAAGAAGAGUUUCGCGAAGGUUUUGGCUCUGAUGUCAACAGCCGCCUGGUUUACCAUGACCUCUUUAAAGACCCUCUUAACUGGUCAAAACCUGGAGAAGCUGUCCCUGAAGGACCUCUGGGGACCUUAAGGGCCAUGUGCAGAAGGACGGAUCCUGGCCCUGUCACCAUUGCUCUGGAUUCUCUGAGCUGGCUGUUGCUUCACCUUCCCUGUGUCACACUCUGUCAAACCCUGCAUGCUCUGAGCCAGCCACGUGUCUCCCCAGGUUCUGACUCCCCAAUAGAGCAGGUCCGUGUGCUGGGUCUGCUACAUGAAGAGCUUCAUGGUCCCGGCCCCAUGGGAGCGCUGAGCACCCUUGCUCACACAGAGGUGACUCUGAGUGGUAAAAUGGGCCAGACUUCAGCCUCCAUCCUCUGUCGAAGGCCCCAACAACGUGCAACUUACCAGACCUGGUGGUUCUCCAUUCUUCCUGACUUCAGCCUGGAUCUCCGGGAGCGGCUUCCCCUCCAUUCUGAGCUACACCCAGAUCCUCACACAACCCAGGUGGAUCCCACGACUCAUUUGACCUUUAACCUUCACUUAUCCAAGAAAGAAAGAGAAGCCAGAGACAGCCUCACUCUGCCUUUCCAGUUCAGCUCUGAAAAACAGCAAGCUCUGCUCCGCCCUGGACCGGGCCAGACAACUAGCCACAUCUUCUAUGAACCAGAUGCUUUUGAUGACGUGGACCCAGAAGACCCAGAUGAUGACCUAGACGUUUGACUAGACAAAUGGGAGAGGAAGACUGUGGCUCAGAACCAUCCUGUUGUUCGCAAAGGCCUUACCUGCUCCCUCCCUCCCUCCCUCCCUCUGUUGCUCUGUCCGUGGAGGGCCUGUCCUGUGAGCCAGUGAGGAACAUAUAAUUGGGGCAAAGAAGUGUGGUGAGAGCGUAGUGUAUAGCAAGAGAACGAGAAACCCCCUCCUCCCCUGCCCGUUUCUAAUAAAGUAGAUACAUGUAUUUGUAUAUAAAUUGAAAA